CAACCAAUCAACGCACAUGUACAGCAUAAUAUCGUUAAAUGAAGCCAGAAGUCAACAAACUUUUUCUCUCGUCACUGUAUUUCGCAUUUUGCGACUAAUUUGAACACAAUAAUCGUGGAAUCCUGGAGGGACUGAAUAGGUAAGACUGAGCAGCACACGUUACAGGGCGACGAGCCACUCUCCGACACUAAACGCCUCUCGCUCACUCUUCUCUUUCUGGAACGGGGUACCACACGCUUCUUUAUUUUCUUAUUUGCAGCCCAAACCGCCCCUUUACUAAGAACUCUCUCUUUUUGCUACUUUGUUUACUGGUAUUGAAUGAGGACCAAUUUACGCGUUGUAAUAUCAAUUAAUUAAUACAAGAAACGUGUCUGGAGAAGUCACCGCAGCACCGGAGCAAACAUCCAUCUUUCCACCGCCGCUCCUUCACCACCUCUGGCCAUUAUACUGUUGGAACUACUACGCUACUGUGUUAAAAUGACAGCAAAGCACCGAGGGAAGAAGAACAAACACAAACACGAAGACUUUAACCAUUUGAUUAAUGAAUAUUCAGAACCGGAAGCGCGAGGUGGAAACCAGAAUGUGAUAUUGUUAAUUUCAUUCCUUAUGAUUGUGAUCGGAGGUGCCACCGGGACAUGGUUCUGUUUCCAGCAGCACCAAAGUAUAACCUACUUAGCAGACAACUUCAUGGGCAUGCAGAUGAAGAUGGUGACGCUUCAGUCCUUCCAGGAAGAAAUUCGACAGACAAAUGAAAAGUACUAUGGAAAUCUCUUGCAGUCGCAGCACAGUACCAGUGACUUCGAGCUUCGCCUCAACACCCUGGAAGAGUCUUACACGCUGGCCCAGAAGCAAGUAGUCAUGGCCCUGGCCAUGGCUGAGCAGCUAAAGACUUUAGACCUGCCCGCCCAGGUCCUCUCCCUCCACACAGAGAUGAAUGCCCAGCUAGCUGAGAUACAGCAGGCCACUGUGUCCACGGAGCAGCUGACUCAGCUGCAGGCCAUGCUGAAGGGGAAGAGCGAGGAGUUUGAGGCUGUCCGGCUGCAGGUGGAGGGCCUGGCGGGGUUGAGCACAGAGCUGGCCCAGAGCGUGGAGGGCCUGACAGGGAGCCUGGCCGAGAGGGCAGGGCUGCUGGGCACCCUGAGUGCCACCAUGGAGGGCCAGGCAUCAGACCUCCUGGGGGUGAAGGAACAGCUGUCUGCCAACAAGGCUCAACUGGAGGCCAGUACAGCGGAGAUCACAAGUGUCAGAGAACUGAUCGGGACAGUGCAGUCUCAGAGUGCCCAGCAGGCCAGAAAGGGGCAGCUGGUGACAGUACAACAAUGUCUGCAGGAGCAGAACUCAGUGGCUCACAGUCUGCACUCUGAGCUCCACGCUCAGCUGGAGGUCGUGCAGAAACAGGUCGCCCGGCUGGAAGGAGGGGGUCAAGCAGAUGAGCCCUCAGAGGAGGUGGAGGAAGAGGCUGCUUCUGCGAAAGAGGAGCAGGCUGCUCCUGCUGAGGAUGUGGGAGAGAAGGAGGCGGCUCACUUAGAUGGGAAGUCUGUUGUACAGGAGGAUUCGGCUGUCACAGAGGAACAGACUGCUUCUGCAGAGGAGGAGGGGGUGGAGGAGGAGCAGGCAGAAGAAGAGGAUUCUGAAGUAGAAGAUGAGCAAGAGCAGGAGCAGGCCGUGGAGGAAGAGGAGGAACAACUGGAAGAAGAUGAGGCCUCUACUGAGGAGGAAUUGUGAAUGUAAGCAGCAAUGACAGCCACCACACUCACAGAGGAUAAUGAACAUGUUCAGUCUGCAUCGUGACAAAUGGGAAGGCAUUGCUGAUGUUGAGGUGCAAUAAACAUUUUGUUUGUCUCUCCAAGGGAAAUGGCUGGUCAAUAGAAUCCACACAACUCUCUGGAAUCAGUAUUGAUACCUCAAUGAAUGUGUGUUUGAGAAAGCUACCUGGUCAGGCAAUGGUUAAUACUAUUCAGGACUCACCUGCCAAUACCAACCUCAAGAAGCCUUCAUCUAUUUUAAGAACACACCUGUAUUUCUAUAGAUUAUUUUCUGUACACCAAACUGUCACACUUUUUCUGCAAGCUCAGUUCUAGCCGUCAGAGUUCAAUGUGACAGGGAGAAAAUGAAAAGCCAACAGAAAAAACACUCAUUCACUCACACACUGUCACACACAAUCAAACAAAGACAAAAUGUGCCUGUCUUGUUGACAUGAGAUGGGCUUUCCUUUUGUCAUUGUCUGAAAUGUGUCUUGGGAUUUUGAUUGGAAUAAGGGAUACGGAACUAAAGUUACUGAACGUAAGUUACUGUAUCCUAUUUGUUUAUACUGUCAAAACCGCUUACUACAGGAAUAGUAUGGGGGGGGUAGCAAGGGCCAUAUCUAUGAAAUUCUCAAAUGUUCAUGCAGCUUCACUAAAGAUUAUAUUAGUCUAGUAGUUGUAUUUUUGUUUCACUUUUCUUUUGACUUUUGUCUGUACGCAAAGUGCACUGUUACUGCCAAGGCAUGGGUUCGUCUUCUGUCUCUCACAACGUACUGCUCAUCUCAGAUCUCUGUGAUGCAUCUUUAAUCAAAUAAACCCUGGUUCCUCCGUUAUUUUUAAA